UUUCUUCUAUUUCACGCUUUAGGAUGCGGAAUCUCUAGUCAGAAAACGAUGAAAAGAUUAUGGGAAGUGUUGGUGUCAGUUUCGGCGUUAUUGGGCCUGUGUGACUGUCGGACACAUGGGGUCGAGUCCAAGAAAGAUGCUCUCGAGCCUGGUUACGUCGACAUUCGAAUGCCAGGGGCUUCGCCCAUGGAGAUGGACGCGUAUCUAUGUUCAGCCAAGGUGAUGACUUUUGAAGAUGACGUAUACAUCACGAAGUUCGAGCCUUUGGGAACGAGUGCGGAUACUGUUCAUCACAUGCUGAUUUACGGCUGUCCGCAAGGAGCUAAGGACAGCGACAUGUGGGAUUGUGGACAUCAUGGAGUGUGUCCGGGAUCGAAGAUUAUGUUUGCAUGGGCUAAAAAUGCGCCGCCUGCUUCAAUGCCGGAUGAUGUGGGUUUCCGUGUGGCAGCUGGAGCUACCAUUGUUCUUCAGCUUCAUUAUGCUCGAGCUCUAGGCAAAGAAUCCAUCACGGAUAAGAGUGGAAUACGACUUCAUUACACUCCUGUGAAGGAUUGUGGACAUCAUGGAGUGUGUCCGGGAUCGAAGAUUAUGUUUGCAUGGGCUAAAAAUGCGCCGCCUGCUUCAAUGCCGGAUGAUGUGGGUUUCCGUGUGGCAGCUGGAGCUACCAUUGUUCUUCAGCUUCAUUAUGCUCGAGCUCUAGGCAAAGAAUCCAUCACGGAUAAGAGUGGAAUACGACUUCAUUACACUCCUGUGAAGCCCAAAGCAUUGGGAGGCAUUUAUCUGAUGGUUGCUGGUUUCAACAUAGACAUUCCACCUCAUAAAGAAAACGUCACUGCGGAUAUCAAUUGUUUCUCGAAAUCUCCGGUGCCGAUCCAUGUGUUUGGAUUCAGAACACAUGCUCAUGCUUUGGGCACCAUCAUCACGGGCUACAAAUAUUUUCCGACAGCUGGGAAUUACGAGUUGUUCGCCAAAGGAAACCCGCAAUGGCCGCAAGCCUUUUACCCACUCAAACCACCUUACGAGAUCGCACCCAAAGACAUAAUUGCUGCCAGAUGUGUUUAUAAUUCUACUACGCGAGACACGCGGACGACUGUUGGAAUGACGCAUUUGAAGGAGAUGUGCAAUUUGUACCUGAUGUAUUACACGGAUAUCGAAAGCGGCGACGAUUUCUUCGAGUGCGUGGAUGACGAAUUGAGACUUCCGCCGCUGCCGGAAAGCUCUUUGAUCCCGCCGCCGAAAAAUGCCGCCUUGGAAGAAGUUGCCGUUGGGAAAAUGGGCCACGAUGGACACGUUAUGAACGCGAUGACUUAUGAAGCCGGACGUAAGAAACAACUGACUCAACCAACUGAAGUUGUGACUAAAACCUCAGUGGAAGAAGCAGUGGACCCGUCUGCUUAUCCUGUUCCAGGAGUCAGUCUCAAGCAGUAUUACAGCAAUCCAGUUUUCGAUCCUUCCAUGAGUCUUGGUGCGAAUCAAGAAGCCUUGAGUAACCCUUGGGGUGCCUUGGCUGAAGAAGCGCGUGAUCCACUUUUCUGCAUUGAUGAAAUGUUUUUGUUGAAAACGCUGCCAUUGGAUCCAUCUGAAGAGUUUAAUGACGGUCUAGCAGAUUAUCAGGAGUUCGAUUAUUACCCUGGCGAUGAUUAUUCGCCGGCUUAUGACGAAACGAGUCCUGUUUGGAGACUUGGAGCUCGUUCGGAUCGAUUACGUGAAAAAUCUCGAGCCACUGACGACCAGCGAACGAAAAGUGGUCGACCGUCGAAGCAAAAAGUUUCCAUUGAAAUGCACUUGGUUCCCGAAUGGCCGACGUUGGGAGAAGACGUGACUUUGGGCCAAGUUUCUGCGGUAUCAAUGACGGAAGGAGGCAUGUUGGUGGUGUUUCAUCGCGCCGAUCGGGUCUGGGAUAUGAGCACAUUUGACCGAUCGGGUCGACUGAAGCAUCCCGAACUGGGUCCGAUCAAGUCGAAUGUCGUGCUGUAUUUAAAUCCGGAAGAUGGAGCCGUCAUCGGGUCUUGGGGCAACAAUACGUUCUACAUGCCUCAUGGUUUGACAGUGGAUCACGAAGACAAUGUCUGGCUGACUGACGUGGGAAUGCAUCAAGUUUUCAAGUAUUCUCAAUCCGGGAAGAAGCUGAUGGAAUUGGGAACGCACAUGGAGCCCGGGUCAGAUAAUACCCAUUUCUGCAAACCCACUUCGGUGGCGAUUGAGCCGAAAACCGGCGACUUCUUCGUGGCGGAUGGAUAUUGCAACAGCAGGAUCCUCAAGUUUUCCGCUGAUGGGCAACACUUGCUAUCACAGGUGGGGAAAGUUGGCAGCUCUUUAUUCGGAAUGUUCUCCACUUGGAAUCAUCGUCCGGGUCCCACGGAUUUCAGUAUUCCUCAUGCGUUGACUCUGGACGUGGGAAGGAAUCUUUUGUUUGUUGCUGAUCGGGAAAAUGGUCGUAUUCAGGCUCUGACAACUGGAAACCUUUCUUACGUUGGGACGAUCACUUCUAAGCAGUUUGGUGGUCGUGUUUUCUCGGUUUCCUACACGCCUGCCUUUAAUGGUUUGCUUUUCGUCGUGAAUGGGCCAUCUGCAGCCGACUCGGACGCCAGUGGGUUUAUUGUCAGUCCACGGGCCAAGUCGAAGAGGGAGAUUAUUGUCGGGGAUUUCGGUGGGUCCAAGUUGCAAGAGCCGCAUGAUUUGCACGUUACUGCGGACGCCAACGAGGUUUAUGUGGCGGAGACGAAACCGCAUCGUCUGUCGAAAUUCGUGAGAGGAAACUUGGGUAAGCUGCAAAAAUCUGUGAAGGGUACGAGUGCUUCUUCGUCAUCGUCGGAAGCGGAAGAGAAGCCGCAAGUCGAGGAGUUGAAGCCACGAACUUUGAAGGAUUCCUCGUCGCAGUCCGUCGCGAAUUUAACUGCGACACGAUCGAAGUUCAGCGAUGGGAAGCGGUUCAGUUGGGGAGUGGAGAUCAUGAUGGUUGCUGCUGUUCCAAUUUUAGUCCUCGGGCUCAUCCUGGUUUUGCUGAGACUGCGGAAUCGCUCGAACCUACGAGCAGUGUACCAGAAUUACAAGCACACGGGUCCUGAUAAGUACGGGUUCGGUGGAAUCCUGGGCAGUGGACGGAGGAAGGCCAACAACGCCAAGGAUGGGUUCGAAAGACUGGACACGACCGGGUCCGACGGCGAAGAUGACCUGUUCGUCAACUCGAAACUCAAGUCGGGACCCCGGAGAGCGAUGGACUUUUCGCUGGACGACGAGUCGUCGAGUGACUCUGACGCUGAGCCGAUCGACAUUUCAGCAGAAACCGUCUCCAACACAAUGGAGACCAUUUCAUCGUUGCAAGCGUAUCAUCUUCGAUGGAACAAUCAUCAAGAAAGCUUGCUGCACGUAUUUGACAAGCUGUUGCAAAGUGAAGACUUUGUGGACGUUACUCUGUGUUGUCAGGGGCAAAAUAUCCGGGCGCACCGCAUGGUCCUUUCAGCGUGCAGCCCAUUCUUCCAUGAUCUUCUUCGGGAACACCCUGGAAAGCACCCAAUAAUUAUCCUCAACGAUGUGAUGUACGAGGAUCUAUCGGUGCUCAUGCAAUUCAUGUACAAAGGAGAAGUCGACGUUGCCGCGGAGUGCCUUGAGUCCGUGUUGCAUGCUGCCCAUAUUCUCGGAAUCAAGGGAUUGGGGAGGAAGGCUUCUCCGUCCCCUGGUCGAAAACCUGCUCUGCCUACUCCGAAUUUUGUAAAAACUGUGAAACCAAGUUACCCCCAGCCACUGAAAGUCCCGCUACUUGAUCAAAUAUUGAAAGAAUCCCUUGCUGACACGUCCAUGUCACUGAAACGGUGCAACAUUACACCAUCCAUGCGACGCAUUUUGUGUACGGAGAGGGUUACCGAGGAAGGUAGCGUGUAUCCUAUCAUUCCUCCUUGCAACGGGAAACCGGCGAUGUGUCCAAAACGCACUCGCUACUCAGAUGAAUCUCUCAACGACACCGCGGAGGAAAGUGAAGCUUCUGUGGAUGCUGACGAUGCCGACGACGUGACUUCCAAGCUCAAAGUGCAGAUAGAAGAAGAUGCUUCUUGUGGAACGGAUGCCGAGGACACGAAUGAUGGUGUUGAUCAUGAAAACAAUGACAUCAUUGAAGAUAACGCUCUCGAACGUUUGCAUGUGAAGACCGAAUUCGCCAGCUCUGCAAAUGAAACGAUUACUGUUACACCUCCCAUGGUUAGUUCUGGAAAUGUUUCGUCGAACACGAACAGACUGACCUGUGAGCUCUGCGGGAAGGAAUGUCGCAGCCCCGGAGAGAAAGUUAUACACAUGCGAAGUCACACAGGUGAGAAGCCAUUCGUUUGCCAAGAAUGCGGAGCCGGAUUUCGUCGUUCCGCACACCUCAUUCGACACAAGUUGCUGCACACUGGCGAACGUCCGCACAUUUGCCCCAUUUGCGACAAGGGCUUCACUCGCAAGGACAAGCUCAAGUAUCACAUGAGCUUCAAGCACGACAUGGACGCACCUGCGCAAGACCCGAAAGCUCCCGGUUCCGUCAAUUCCGCCUCCAACUCGCCUCAGCACGAGGACGAAAAGGCCGCCAUUCCGAGCUGGUGUCUCAUGCCUUCCGCCCAAUCCUCGCCCGAGUCGCCGACGUCGUCCAAUGUCCGGUCGCGGAGAGAGACGAAGCCGACGUUGAAAUUGCAGCAACAGUUGUCUUAUAGACGAAAGCGUCGAGUGGCGAGCGAAGUGAAUUGUGGCUUCAGUCUCAUGACGCGAGCGCAGAAUGCGAUUCAAGUUGGCAAAGCCACCGAUGCUUAAUGAGGCCAAUUUUUUGUGUGUGUGUGUGUGUCGAAGUGGGGGGGGGAAGGUUUAUUUUCGUUGUUGUUGUAUGUGUUUGAGUGUGUGUGGAUGCGUGUGUGUGUGUUGCGACAUUCCACGGGAUCAAGUGUGUACAAAGGGCCAUUCCGGAAACGCGAUUCAUUCCCCCACAAAAAAACUUGUAGAGAAUGUCGACCGGUGGAAUUUAGCACGUAAUUCAGCUAUCCGGGCUGCUCCUGGAGAUCUCAGCAGCAUGCCAAGUAUUCUUCGGUUACUGGGACUACUCAUUUCCAGGUUUUCUCCCCUUGAAAAAAACUUGUGUGACGUUUUUCUCCUCAGACAUUUCGGAUAUCUUUAAUUUGCGCUUCAAUCAGUUUUCUGUGGAUACUAUUUAUGAUUAUUGUUGGUUAUACCCCGUGGAGGCCGUGAUUUCAUGCUUUCCAGAACGUGAGUGUCGCCUGAAUUUUACGAAGUUUUGAUUGUGCCGGUGGACUGUCUGUAGAACGUAAUCCGAGGGACCAGAAAAUAAUUCGUAGCAGAGAAAUGUCGUUGUAGUGCUCCUUUAAGACUUCGACCAUGAGUAAACAAUCCCCUUCAAGUUUAUUAUAUUUUAUCUGCUCAAAGAAAACAUGGAUGAUGUAGACUACCUUGUAUUUACUCAAUUACCAUGUGCACCUUUUGCUUUGAAAAUCGAAUCCAUUUUUUUUCAACGUGCAUCAUAGUUCCAACUCAUUCGGGGAAGUUCUACAUAAUUUUUCAGAUUAGGAUAAGAAAAAAUGAAUUCAUGCUCAAAUCAAAUUGGUUGAUGAGAAUUCGGAACAGAAACGAAGUGCAGCACAAUUUUUUCUAAUUUUAAUAUUCUACCGUGUAAAUUUUAGUGUUUAUGUCCUAAAAUUAAAUUGAUUUUUGCGGUAAAGGAUACUAGGUUACUUGUUCUAAUUUUAUAUACAGUACAGGUAUAGGAUAAAAAUUAAGGUGCACUUCUUGAACAAGGCUACAUGGCACUAAAGUAUUUACAGUAUUAUUAGGUUGUUGUUGGAAAUCUUUGACUAUCUUUUAAAUUAAGAAAUUGAACUUUUUUCAAGGCUGAAACGCUAAACUUGGGCUAAAUUCAGAUGUGAAAAAUAUGAAAUUUCUUCAAAACUAAGUACAUCUUCAGUAAUGUGGAAAUGUGUGGAAUAAAAUUUUAUUCUCCAGAGGCCUCACAAAUUGUCAAAAUGAUCCCAAUAUUCCUUGCUUGGGAUUCAAAAAAUUGUUGAAACAUUUUGCUAACUUAUUUCACAAAUGAUACAGGGUCAUUAUGUUUUAGAGACGGUAGAUCGUAUGACAUCUUGAAUAUUAGUCAUGUGGAAUUCGUAGGACUCAGUCAGUUUUGAAAUUGAGGUGACACCUGUUCGGCAUUCCAGAAACCCUUCGGUAUCAUACAGGGGUUAACCAAUGUGGGUGUUUUUUUCAGUUUUUCCAUUCAAUCGGGGAGGUUUUUUUCAUUCUUGCCACGCGUAAUCCAAAUUUUAGGGUUGGGGUAUUCGUCCGAUCUGAUUUCGAGUACGUGAAGAAAAAAAAAUACUCGAAACUGUCGGCGUACAAACGAAAAAAAGAUUGUUGGACGGGAAAAUGCGUUGAUCCAGUUGAUCGAAGAAUAUUCGCGUGUUCUCUUGAACGACUUUUUUAAAGCUCGUGUUCAUGACUAUGUGUCUGUCUUUCGGCAUUAUUUGAUCUGAGUGGCUAAAACCUUAUCCUUGAGAAAAGAAGAUUCUAAGUCUCACGGUUGAAAUAAACCCGGAGCAGGCGUCUCAGUAUUCUUGGAAGUUAGAGGGGAAAACGAGUGAAGUGCUUUUAUUGACCGGAGAAAGUGUGAAUGUAGUAAGUGGUAGUUCACCGGUGUCGUCGUCGUCGAGGAGGUGCUUCUAAGUGACUUGUUUUUUUUUUGUGGAGGAAAUUUGUAAAUUAUUGCGGAAAGAAUAGCCGGAAUCGAGGCUUGAAUUAAUCUGUAUGCAAAUGUGGUGCUCUUCCCUGUCUGUCCUAAGUUCUAUAGUCUUUGGGAGCUGCAAACUGGUCGGGUUUACCUUUUUUUUAUUAAUUGGCUAUUCGUGAUUUUAAAUCAGUGCUACGUUCUCGGCGUUUUUUCUGAAGCUUUUCGAAAAUUCCAGCGAGUUUAAUUUUAGGUUCCUCAGUCCUUUUUUAAACGUCAUUUGAAAACGUUGAGCUCAAAAACCUUCCUUGUUAAAGCUGGUGCUUUUGCAUUUAUUUGCGCAUCUGUCAAUUGGCACAAAGUUUAAUUCACUGUAUUCAACUUGAAAAUAGGCCACAAUCAUUACGGAUUGAUUUUCUAAAAAAAACUGUAUUUACUUGAGUACCACAUGUACCUUUUUGUAUUACAAUUGAAAGGAAAAAUCAUAGGUGGGUAUGCAUUUUCAAUUUUUUUUUUAAGUUCGGGUGUGCCAAUGGGCCUUGAUUCCAACAGGAAAUUUUGGACCAAUUUCAUCAAGAAAAACUCAUUUUAAUGGAAAUAAUAGCAGAAAUCGGUUGAAUUCACGUUCAAUUCUUGUAUAAAUUCAAAUUUGAUUUUUUCUAAUUUUGAAGUUUUGCAGUUUUAGUGUCACUGAAAUAGGGUUUAUGUGUUACUUGGGGAUAAGAUUUCAAUCUGAGGACGUGUGGUACUCCAGUAAAUUCGGUAUUUGACAUGCAUUUAAAAGGAAGAAGAGUACGCUAAAGGUGAGGUAAUUUGCAAGCAGCUUUGAAUUUAGCGCACUCCGAAAACAGAAGCUAGGGCAGCUAUCACGUAAGAGUGACAAAUUCUCAAUUUUUUUCUGGUCGUUGGAAUUCUGAUCGCCAAAUCAGACGCGUAUUUUCAAGUGCGAAAAUUCCCCCUAAUCCACGUGAGGCUUCUUUCAACAACAAAGAAAAAUCAUUCAAAACUUGUAUCUUUCAGGGGUUUGUGAGGAAUAUUUUUAAAGCAAGGCUUCAGGAUUUUUUUAAGAUACUGAAAAACGUGGGAGCUUAAAAAAAAAAGAUUAAUUAAAACUUCCAAUAGUCUUCCUUGGGACCACUCGGAAAGGAAAGAAAAAAGUGAUGAUGACACUAUAUGGACUCGGAUCGUUAUUUUUACCUCUCGCCGUUUGCUGGAGACUUUGUGAUGAUGGGAACAUGCUUGCGCAUAUUUUCUACUUGAGCAAUAUGGUACGCUACUAUGCUCAAUGUCGUCUCUUGUGCCUUGGAAAAUGUUUUUUUUUUGUGGAAGGAUCAAAUGGUGAGGGAUCACGAGGUGGUUAAUUUUGUUGGGACCUUGUGUUGGUCUUGAGUGCAUCGGUUAAUUGGUUUCCGAACUAAUACAAGUGUUUCUUUUUUUUUGUUUCUUGACUGGAGGGACUGAGUCUUCCGAGAAUUUGUUGGGAAUUUAUUGUUGGAUCUUACCGCAUUUUUACGGUUUUCGCUGGUUUCCACUUUCUUCCGCCGUUGUUGAUCGUGAGAUGCGGCUAUUAUGUAUUAAUUUAAGAAUUUUUACUCGCGCGCCCUCUGGACGAAAAAGUGUCAAUCUUUUUUGUGUGGUCGGUUUAUGUCAGCAGUUUGCUUAUUAAAGAAAUAUGGGAGCCAAUGAAAACCGUCGGGGGCAGCGGAUUUUUUUUUGUCCAUAGCAUUUUUUUGCGUUUGGGCUAGAUUUAGAAGAAACAUGGAUUCAUGUUUUGCAGGGAAACAUUUUUUGUCUUGUUUUCUCAAGUUAACUUUUACCAAGAUUCCGUGUCUUCCGGUCGGAAGUUGAAAGGAUUCUGUAGUGGAACAUGAAUAAUUCCUAUGCAUUGGAAAUAUAUUUUAUGUAAUUCCAGUGA